AAGUUGUGUCUUCUUAUGACUUCUUAUGUUAUCACUGAACCUUUUCCAGCACCUCUUAUACAAAUCAACCCCUUCUUUCUCACUGCAGAAGAAACAGUUUUGCAUUCACCUUUUAUCGUUGCCCAGGGCUGUGCUUCCCAUUUUCUGAAGAACAGCGUGAUUGCUUUCGGUUCAGUACUCGAGCCUUCAGUGUGCAAUCAGUGGACACCUAGUCCCCGAAAGUUCCCACAGGACGGGUCCAUCGGAUCGCAGAGAAGGGGCAGCCAGCGCACGUGGUCUGGGGAGCCCUUCACAGGCACGUCCGUGGAGUUCUGCCAGGCCUGCUGUGGACCAGCAAUGCCCUCUGCCCCUGUAGGUCAAGAAAGGAACUGGGCGGGGGCCUGGGCGCCCGGCGGGCUCCAAGAGGAAGCGUCCCUUGGCGGCAGCAGCUGCGCGCGCUCACGUGUCUCGGGGCGGCCGCCGCAGCCGCCGGGCCGCCCACCCGAGGGAGCAGCGCCCGCGCUCCGCGAUCCCCUUUGCCUUCUUCCCUGCCGCCGGCCCUGGAAGCUCCGGCCUCAGCCGCGGCUCCUCCGUCACCGAUGCUGUUAUCAUCUCUGCUUGCACUCUGCCUGCCACUCUCUCAUGAUGCCUGGUCCCGUUUUGGAGCAGCCUAGUAGAAUUUUCCUUUUGGAGAAGAAAUCUGCCUCUGUUCCUAAUGCAUGCUCACUUUCACCUGCUCCACGGUUGGCAUGCACCACAGUCCUUCAGAAAAGAAUGGAAGGGCUUCAGAAGAGCAGAUACGGAACUAUGGCUGAAGGCAGUGUAGAAGAUUACUGGUUUGCCGUAUCGUCCUCAUUAAGGAUGGUCCUGGUGGGCAGGACAGGCAGCGGGAAGAGCGCCACAGGGAACAGCAUCCUCUGCCAGCCCGUGUUCGAGUCCAAGCUGGGGACCCAGUCCGUGACCAGCACGUGCCAGAGGGCGGCGGGCACGUGGAACGGGAGGAACAUCCUAGUGGUGGACACACCCUCCAUCUUUGAGGCGAAGGCCCAGCACCAAGAGAUGUACAGGGACAUCGGGGACUGUUACCUGCUCUUGGCCCCAGGGCCCCACGUGCUCCUGCUGGUGACCCAGCUGGGGCGCUUCACUGCCCAGGACACAGUGGCCGUGAGGAGGGUGAAGGAGGUCUUUGGGGCAGGGGCCAUGAGACACACGAUCGUCCUCUUCACCCACAAGGAGGACUUGGGGGCCGAGUCCCUGGACGACUACGUGGCCAACACGGACAACCUCAGCCUGAGGAGCCUGGUGCAGGAGUGCGGGCGGAGGUACUGCGCCUUCAACAACCGGGCCCGCGGGGAGGAGCAGCGGCAGCAGGUGGCCCAGCUGAUGGCCGUGGUGGAGAGUCUGCAGAGGGAGCUGGAGGGCGCCUGCCUGGGCAACGAGCUCUUCUUUGAUGCGCAGAUGCUCCAGCGAGGAGGCGGGGCUGGCGCGUGCGAAGAGGACCUCAGGCCCUACCUGGCCAAGGUGCGGCGGCAGGUGGAGAGGCAGAAGCGAGACCUGAGGGAGGCCCGGAGGUGCUGGGUGGCCAGGGUGCUGUGCAGGGUCAGGAACUGGAUGGCUUCUCACAUUGGAAUAUCUGCUGCUCUUGCUGUAUGCAUUUUGAUUAUACUUGCUGUUUUAAUUAACUUGAGUUUUACUCACAAACAAUGAGCAUUUUCAGAUGAUUUUCACCAUCAGCUUUUGUUUUCAGUCACUCUCUCUGUUCGUGUUUACUGUAUUUUAAUUUCUCUUCCUUCCAUCAGACCUAUCUUCAUGUUAAAAACAUUCUUUUUCAAUUACCUUUAAAUAAAUAAACUCCAAAGGAAAAAACAUUUCUCCUUUCUGUUUU